CCUCGAAUUCAAGACUAUCAUCACCAAACCACCGACUCGACACACAUCGCCAACCAAGAUGCCGAGCCACAAGUCUUUCCGUACCAAGCAGAAGCUUGCAAAGGCACAGAAGCAGAACCGCCCUGUGCCUCAGUGGAUUCGCCUUCGCACAGGCAACACCAUCCGCUACAACGCUAAGCGCAGGCACUGGCGCAAGACCCGCAUCGGUAUCUAAACGUCUCGCCCUACACCGAGUUUCCUCCAGCCUCCGAUACGUCCUCGCACAACUUUUCACCAUAUCGGCAACGCGACUGUGACAACAUUUCUCGCGACACCUGCCGAUCUGCGACGGAACGCAAAGACAUUGAGAUGGCUGUUACGACGAUGACGGCUGGGUAUUGAGAAUUUACCGCUUGUUGAUUUUGGGGAUGCGCAGUGGAUGAACAAUGAAAUGAUGUGGGCAGGGAAGCCCGGUUUUCUCAGGUUCUGCAUGUCACGGUCCGGCUACUAGGGAAUGGAAAGCAAAAGACUUUGACGCCUUA